AUGAACAUUGACCUCCAGAAAGUUCUGACCUCACCUGCAGCCUCAGCCUUCGUGUACAGAUGGAACGGUAGAGUGGCUCCUCCAUUAGGAAAGACAUCUUUGGCCCAUCAGUUUGUGGAGGGCGAGUUCCUGGAAGGCUAUGGUCCUACAGUGGAGAAUACUUACAGCAAGAUAGUGACUCUGGGCAAAGAUGACUUUCACCUACACCUGGUGGACACAGCAAGGCAGGAUAAGUACAGCUUUCUACCCUACUCAUUCAUCACUGGGGUUCAUGGUUAUGUACCUAUAUACUCCAUCAUCUCUCAGCAUAGCUUCCAAGUCAUUGAGAGUCUGUACCAAAAGCUACAUGAAAGCCAUGGGAAAACUCGGCUGCCAGUGGUAUUAGUUGGGAACAAGGCUGAUCUCUCUCCUGCCAGGGAAGCCCAAACAGUUGAAGGGAAGAAGCUGGCAGAGUCCUGGGGUGCAACAUUUAUGGAGUCAUCAGCUCCAGAAAAUCAGCUGGCUCAAGACAUCUUCACCAAAAUCAUCCAGGAGAUUGCCCAUGUGGAGAAUUCCUAUGGGCAAGAGCGUCACUGCCGCCUCACGUGA